AGGCCAAAGUUGCUGGUGUGGCGGGGACGCGGGCUCCGGACAGCACCUGGGUGACACCACCCCUGUCUUGUGUCUCCACAGGCCCCAGAAUGUAGCGGAGGGCUCGCGGCGGCCACGUCCAGAAAAUGGAAAAAGAGCGAAGGACGGAAGGAAGGCGCAGAGGUGAAGACGCGGAGUGUGGAGCGGUGCAGCGGCCAGGGCGUCGCAGCGUCCCAGCCGCGGCCUGAGUGCCCAUGUGGAGCGGAGGGAGCCGACAGGAGGCGUCUAGAGGAGAAGCCAAAGAUGUUGACCAGAAAGAUUAAACUCUGGGACAUAAACGCCCACAUCACCUGCCGUCUGUGCAGCGGGUAUCUCAUCGACGCAACCACGGUGACCGAGUGUCUGCACACGUUCUGCCGGAGCUGCCUCGUCAAGUACCUGGAGGAGAACAACACCUGCCCCACCUGCAGGAUCGUCAUCCACCAGAGCCACCCGCUGCAGUACAUCGGCCAUGACCGGACCAUGCAGGACAUUGUUUACAAGCUGGUUCCAGGCCUGCAGGAGGCGGAGAUGAGAAAACAGAGGGAAUUCUACCACAAGUUGGGCCUGGAGGUGCCCGGAGACAUCAAGGGGGAGACCGGCCCCGCGAGGCAGCACUCGGACCCCCACCGGAACGGUGAAACCAAAGCAGAUGAGAGUUGCAACAAGGAGCCUGCGGAGGAGAAGCAGGAGGACGACAGCGACUACCACCGGAGCGACGAACAGGUGAGCAUCUGCCUGGAGUGCAACAGCAGCAAGCUGCGCGGCCUGAAGCGCAAGUGGAUCCGCUGCUCCGCCCAGGCCACCGUGCUGCACCUCAAGAAGUUCAUCGCCAAGAAGCUCAACCUCUCCUCCUUCAACGAGCUGGACAUUUUAUGCAACGAGGAAAUCCUGGGCAAGGACCACACACUCAAGUUCGUGGUCGUCACGAGGUGGAGAUUCAAGAAGGCGCCUCUCCUGCUGCACUACAGACCCAAGAUGGACCUGCUGUGACGCCCAGACUUGGCCCAGGUGCCGUGAGCACAGGGCGCAGGACCGUGGCGCCCGUGGACGGGGCCUCAGGCGUCCUGGGACCAGACUUCUGAAUAGAGAAUAUUUAUCACUUUUGUACGAGAGAAUUCACACUCAGCAAGCCACCACCAGCAGCACGGUGACCAGGUGGUGACACGGCACAGGCUCCCACGGCGGACCCCGCCUCUCUCCAGGUCUUCAAAUCUUGGUCGUUUCGAUUUAGUUUAUGAAUUAGGUUUCAUGAUAAGCCUCAGAAAUACUUGUACGUUUAUUGAAUCCUUACUAAGUUAUUGAAAAUAUGUCUUUUCAUGGUGAAUGACGAUUUUUACGUUGCCUUUAGCUUCCUGAAGACUUAGAAGAGCUAUAAAAGUUUCAUUUGAAAGCACACCAGAAGAGGCUGCCAUUCAUAUCGUGUGUUAACCCGGUGUUUGAGGCCCCUGUUGUGAAACCUGAUGGAGCCCAGCUCCCACCCCUGUGCUCGGGCUCCGAUGGCCUGGACACCUGGGACCUGGCGCUGGUUUGCAGAACAAUCUUGUUAAAAAUCACUUUUAUUAUGAAAUAGGGCACCGGGCCUUCGGUGCCACUGUUUGCUCUCCUCCUCCCUCUUCCCUGCAUUAGCUCUGCUGACGGGGGAGCUGGUGGCCUGCGGGGACUUCGUAGACACCAGGUCCCCCACAUCCAUCCCCCCUUUAAAGGGGGAUGGCACCCAGCCCUCCUUUCUGCCCAAUGCUGUGGGGGAGGUUCUCACCCAGCCUCACGGGUCGGCGUCUCGGGCGGAGCUGCUAGGGACCAGCACUCCAUUAAGUGGGCUUCACCUACACGAGACCUAAAACAGCCACCGCAACACUUGCGUUCUAACCCUUCUCCUCCCAAACGUUAAUCUGUGCAAUCAGAGAAGACACUUUCUGCCCGCACACAAAUGUGUUCCUUUAAAACAGGAUCUUGGAACCUGGGAAGGCGAGAUCGAGGAGAAAGACCCAUCCCGUGGCUGCAGUGUUGUCUUGGAGCGCGGGUCACCCUCGUUGUCCCCUGAG